AUGUUUCCACAUAUAGAAGAAAAUGAAAUGUUGAGUCAAUUUGAUAGAUGGGGUGAAAUACCAAGAUUUGUAUUGGAAAAGAAUGAGACAUCAGAAAAUUCUCUUGAAAAUGCAAUUGUUACUAACAACCUGAAAAAAUGUAUACAGAGUAUUGGAGGAAUUGAUAGCCCUGAUUAUAUUAGUUUACUUCAUGGGAAACUAUUUGAAAAGUAUGUGCAUAAUAUUUUGCGUAAAGAGGGAACAUUUCAUACUCGUAACUUGGUGGAGUAUUACUUUCAACUAGCUUAUGAAAAUAUUGCCUAUGUUGAUUCUUUGAUUCCGAAUGUUGGACUUUUUCAAAUGACAAUUUCACAAAAACAUUACAUCAAAAGUUGGAAAGAUAAUGAUGAUUAUGAUCAUUUGCCUCAUGAAGUAGCACAGGAAAUUCUAGAUCAAAAUUAA